AUGGAGCCGUUUUCAUCCCCGCAAGGGAGAUCAGCAGCCCCAACAUACGAUGAAGAACCCCCGUUGUACGCAUAUCCAGGUGAACCUUCUGUUCUGAAUGAUACCGACCGUGAGACUACCUCAGCUCCUGGAAGUGCACGAAAUGACCCCUCAGCCAUGAGACUUCUACCAGGUGGUGGAACUAAUUUAGGCAGCGCUGGUGAGGACCCAUCCGAUUUGGGGAGUGCAGGAAGAUUCAGACGGCAUCCAAAUAUGCCUCAACGUCAGCAGUAUGUGUCUCUGGGAAAUGGCCCUCACUCCUAUACUAUUCCCUCUUUUAUACUUUUACCCGGAAAUGCUUCUCUACGCUCUGUGAUGGCAGACAAAGCCGAAGAGCCUUCCAAGAAGACUCAAGAUGAGGCCCCCAUGCUGUUAGGACAUAAGGCUUCAGCUGGGGACGAGUCGAGCACCCUUCUAAUUGCAUCGCCAUCAUCACGACCAGCCACUAGCACAAAACAAUUACAUGUCACCUGGGAGGAUGAAUCUACAAAGCAAGAAAGCAACUCUACCCAGAGCAAGCUAGCCAGGACCAAAACCAUUUGCCGCAGAAAGCCACAGGACUCCGCGAUGAUUCCUGACCCCCUGCGCCUUGCUUCACCCAAAACCCCGGCCCAUAUAUUACCCAAACUCCCAAAUACUCUCUCCAAGUCAAUUACACUAUCAUGUUUAGAUAAACAUAUAAUGGCCCAAGAAUCUUCUAAUAUGGAUCAAUCCAAAUCGGAUAAUGUGACUGACAAUAAGCCUAAUAGAAGCCUCAUAUCUAUGGCCCGACCGUCACCCCAGCGAUGCCAUCCUCUGCACCAACAAUCCGCAUCCACCUCAUCUCUCCCAACCUCACGACCCUCGUCCAGUCCUGGGCAGUCACCAAACAUAACCCCAUCAAUCCUCACAUCUGACACUCUACACCUUCCCGCUCGAUCGGUGUCACCAACCCGGCCUUGGACCCCCUCGCGGGGUUCGGAAUGGUCACGCCCACAUGCCCCUUCUGUAUCAAGUGUAAAUUAUGAGCCUCCAGAAAUCAAUUGUAGCCCAAGACCUGGAACCCCAAGCUCGAAGUAUGGAGGAAGCCCCCGACGGCCACUGCCGCCAGCCCCGUUGUUUGCUGGGCCACCAGCAUCAUCAGCAGGAGAAACGAGCAUUGACAUUGCUGAUGGAGGUGACGAUAGUGAGGACCCCUUUGUGGUAGGUGAGAGAACGGUACAUCAAAGAAGUAACACACGCUCAAGUAUCAAAUCAUACAAUUCAUAUGCAACUGAGUCCACAGUUGUUACAGAUGAAAAGGACGCCAUGAGUAAAGCUAACCUUGAUGAUGGUGAGGAUGACGAAUCCGACUUUAAUGUUCACUAUGGGCCUGCGCCAACUGGACGUCAAGAGCGCAGAGGUGUGCGUAAGGCACAGAUGACGAAGAAGGAAGUCCGCCUUAUCAAUGGAGAGCUUAUCUUAGAAUGCAAAAUCCCAACAAUCUUGCAUAGCUUCCUUCCCCGUCGAGAUGACCGUGAAUUCACUCAUAUGAGAUACACAGCUGUCACCUGUGACCCUGAUGAUUUUACGGUAAAGGGGUUUAAACUGCGACAAAACAUUGGCAGCACAAUGCGCGAAACUGAGUUGUUUGUCUGCGUGACCAUGUACAACGAGAAUGAAAUCGAUUUCACACGUACGAUGCACGGUAUCAUGCGAAAUAUCUCACACUUCUGUUCCAGAACCAAAUCACGAACAUGGGGCAAGGACGGUUGGCAGAAAAUUGUUGUGUGUAUUAUCGCGGAUGGGAGACAAAAGGUGCAUCCGCGGACAUUGAACGCCCUUGCAGCCAUGGGUGUUUAUCAAGAUGGAAUUGCAAAGAACGUCGUCAAUCAGAAACCGGUAAAUGCACACGUGUAUGAAUACACUACUCAAGUGUCCUUAGAUCCCGAUCUUAAAUUCAAGGGAGCAGAGAAGGGAAUCAUGCCUUGCCAGAUCAUCUUUUGUAUGAAGGAACGAAAUGAGAAGAAACUCAAUUCUCACAGGUGGUUCUUCAAUGCGUUCGGACGCGCUCUGAAUCCCAACAUCUGUAUUCUGCUUGAUGUCGGCACGAAACCCGAACCUACUGCACUUUAUCAUCUCUGGAAAGCCUUUGACCAAGACUCGAACGUCGCAGGAGCCGCUGGGGAGAUUAAAGCGGGUAAGGGCAAGGGCUGCCUCGGUUUGUUCAACCCUCUCGUUGCAUCCCAAAACUUCGAAUACAAGAUGUCGAAUAUCCUCGAUAAGCCUCUCGAGUCUGUGUUUGGUUACAUUACUGUGCUACCUGGUGCGUUGAGUGCAUACCGAUACCACGCACUGCAGAAUGAUAGUACUGGCCACGGACCCCUGAGUAUGUACUUCAAGGGUGAGAUGCUUCACGGAAAAAACGCGGAUGUGUUCACUGCCAACAUGUACCUGGCAGAAGAUCGGAUUCUGUGCUGGGAGUUGGUGGCCAAGCGAGAGGAGCAGUGGGUUUUGAAGUUUGUGAAAAGUGCUGUUGGGGAGACUGACGUUCCAGAUACUGUACCUGAGUUUAUCUCGCAGAGAAGACGAUGGCUUAACGGUGCCUUCUUUGCGGCUGUGUAUUCCCUUAUUCAUUUCCGGCAAAUUUGGCGGACAGACCACACAAUUACAAGGAAGAUCCUCCUUCACAUCGAGUUUCUGUAUCAAUUUGUCUCCUUGGCUUUUACGUUCUUUUCUUUAGCGAAUUUCUAUCUCACUUUUUAUUUCAUUGCUGGUGCCCUGUCAGACCCCACGGUGGACCCCUUUGGACAUAAUAUUGGAAAAUAUAUAUUCGCAAUACUAAGAUAUACCUGUGUGCUCCUUAUUUGCCUACAAUUCGUCUUGUCAAUGGGAAAUCGUCCUCAGGGUGCCAAAAAAAUGUUCCUCUCUGGCAUGAUCAUCUACUGCAUAAUAAUGAUGUACACUGUCUUCUCCGCCUUAUACAUGGUUGUCAUGCAGCUGAAAACGAGCAAAGAAAUGAUUAAAGAUAGUCUGUCGCUGGGCAACAAUACUUUCACCUACAUCAUCGUCUCCACACUUUCAACAGUCGGCCUCUACUUUUUUAUGUCCUUCCUCUAUCUUGACCCAUGGCACAUGUUCACCUCAUCUAUUCAAUAUUUUGCCCUGCUGCCCAGUUACAUCUGUACGCUGCAAAUCUAUGCUUUCUGCAACACUCACGACGUUACCUGGGGCACCAAGGGUGAUAACGUUAUUCGCACUGACCUCGGCACAGCGCGUAUUACCGGUUCUUCCACCGUCGAGUUGGAAAUGCCAUCGGAACAACUCGAUAUUGACAGCGGAUACGACGAGUCGCUCCGCAAUCUCCGCGACAGACUCGAAGUGCCCCCGCCAGAGCCAUCCGAGGCGCAGAUGCAGGAAGACUACUACCGCGCCGUGCGCACGUAUAUGGUGUCAGUCUGGUUUAUAGCUAAUGCGAUCCUCGCCAUGGCCGUGUCAGAGGCGUUCACUGAAAAGUCAGUGGGCAAUAAUGCCUAUUUGGCCUUCGUUCUGUGGAGCGUGGCAUCGUUGGCGGUUUUCAGAGCGGUAGGUUCGACAGCGUUUGCGAUUCUCAAUGUUGUUCAUCGGGUUAUGGAGGGGAAGAUGAAGUUUGCCGCUGCUGGGGGCACAGGGUAUGGGUACGGAAGUUACGUUGGUUCUUCGAGUGGUGGUGGUGGUGGGAGUUCGGGUGCUCGGUCCAGCGGGGCUGGGAGCUCUCUGGGUCUUUCCUCAGGUAUGGGGGAGAAGGUUAGUGAUUGGGCUAGUGAGACGGGGUGGGCGGUUAAAAGGACGGCGGGGAAAUUGAGGUUUUGGAGGUAG